AUGUUUUCCAGGAGCCUUAUUGGUGGGCGAAGUAGACCAUCUGACUGUUGCUCCCGUCAUAGUGUGGCUAUUAUUGUUCCUUACAGAAAGAGAGACCAACAAUUAAGGACUUUUCUGUACAACAUUCAUCCAAUCCUCCAAAGACAAGAACUAGAUUACGGAAUAUAUGUUGUAGAACAGGACGGUCAUACCAAGUUUAACAGAGCAAUGCUGAUGAAUAUUGGUUUUGUUAAAGCGUUGGAACAUGACGACUAUAAAUGUUUUGUUUUUCAUGAUGUAGACUUGAUUCCUGAAAAUGACAGAAAUAUGUACACUUGUUCAAAAUAUCCAAGACAUUUGUCUGUUGCAAUUGAUAUUUUCAAUUACAGUUUACCCUACAAAACAAUAUUUGGUGGAGUUUCAUCGAUGACAAGAGAACAAUUCCAGAAAGUGAAUGGCUUCCCAAACAGAUAUUUUGGUUGGGGAGGAGAGGAUGAUGAUAUGUGGAAAAGAAUUAAGAAAGCAGGCUUUACGGUAGGUCGAAGUUCAAUGGAUGUAGGGCGUUAUAAUAUGUUAAAUCAUGGACCGGACAAAGGAAAUGAAAUCAAUACAAUGAGGUAA